GAUGGCAGUAUAAUCGGUAGGUGGCAACACUGGUUGGCACAUCCCAGUCACACAACAAAUUGUUUACCACAAAAAACCGUGCUGAAGUUGAUAAAAAACAACGUGCAGCAAGCCACCGACCAUUUGCAGUGAACCACUAGACGCCCGCCAAGAGUUUUCCGUAGCGGUGUCCACCCAAUUUUCCUCGCAUUGCCGGAACCACAUCAUUCCAUUUGGGGAGCCCCUCGGUCGUUCGGUUGUUCACAAACGCUUAUAAAAUUGGCAAGAUAACUAAGCAGAGCACAAAGAUGCCGCCAGCAUCAGCGGUGAACAAUAGCAACGCGGCCGCCCAAGCGGCAAAGGCCGAAAGGGCGGAGAAGCUGCGUGGAGCCCUGAAGGGCUUCAUAGUCUCAGACCGUCAGCGACGUCAGGAGGAGUUUGAGGCGCAGUGCGAGGAGCAGAGGCUGCGGCAGGAGCGCGAGGAAGUGGAGCGCCAGAACCAAGAGGCCCUGGAUGACACACGUGGUCAGAUCACGCGACUGGACGAGCAGCUGGCCGAUCUGCACAGCCAGAAGCACCAGCUCACCGUCCAGUUAAAAAAGGUCCUGAACGAAGAUGAAACACGGAAGAAGCUGGCCAAGGAGAACGAGCUAUUCGCCAUCCAACAGGCGGCGGCCAGCGUGGCCAGUGGUCCGGUCUUUCUGCCGCCCCUGCGCCUCCAGCAUCAACACCACCCGUUGAUGCAGAAGCCCACAUCCGGUGGACAGCCAGGAAAACGGGGCCGGAGUCCUUCGCCGCCGAGUCAGCAGCAAGCUUACUACAAGAGCGCUGCCAGCUACGCCCAGCAGAAACACGAUGACUACCGUCGUGCCGCGGACUAUGCUAGAUUAUCAUGGAACAAGACCACGGCACAGUAUCCGGGCACGAACACGGUCUUUUAUCAGACGGCUCCAGCUCCGCCCACGACGUCCAUCUACAACUACAACCUUCCCUUGCGCCAAGCAUACCACGUGGAGCUGCCCAGCGCCACGGUCAGCAAGCCACCAGACUCGCAGUCCCCCAAGGCGCCCUCGCAGCCAAUGCAGGUCCUCCACAUUAAUCUCGACCAGCCGGCCAUUUCGCAGGCAGACCUGGUGGCCCAAGCGGGCGGCAGCAUCUCGGUGAAGACCUCUCAGCCGCAGGUGACCAUGGAGAAGCUGCCCGACCGCUACCACAUCGAGGUGAAGCACGACGGCCAGCCGCCGAGCCACGUUCCGCCUCCGCCACACCUGCUGUCGGAGGGCGUCAUCUACAAGCCGCUGCUCAGCGAACUCUCGCUGCAUCCGAACGUGCUGCAGAUAAGCAGCAGCCAGUUUCCUCCGCAGAAUCCGAAGACAGCGGGAAGCAUCACACAGGGCUAUGCACCCGGACGGGGUGGAUCCGCCCACGAACAGCAGCUGUCCCGGCAACAGUUGGCAAUGCUGCCUGGCCAGCCGGGAGCUCCAUCCGGAUCCGUCUCCGGAUCCCCUCAGCCGCCUCCAGGUCAGCAGAUGCACUACACACGACGACUGUACUAGCCCCGGCUAAGGGUCUAGCCCCAUUUAGCUAAUGCUACGGAACUCACUCACUGAUAUACUUACGAUUUUAAAUGGACAUUACAUUGACUACGCUACUUACGUGGAGUCGGAAACACGAAAUAAAGCACACAACUAUGGCGUCCCUAUUUUCCAAUCGAUAAUGCAA